UCAGGGAAAUAGGCGCGAUGGCCAAUGCCUCCACAGAUCUGGACAACGCGGAGGCCCAGCGCCAGCUCAACAACAACAACACCCGUCUGGCCAGCAGCUCGGGACACUGGGAAACCGAGGUCACCAGCUCCAAGCUGUUUGAGUGUUCCCGCAUCAAGGCCUUGGCAGAAGAGCGAGAUGCUGUCCAGAAGAAGACCUUCACUAAGUGGGUGAACUCCCACCUGGCCAGAGUGUCCUGUCGGAUUGCUGACCUCUACAACGACCUCCGGGACGGCUACAUGCUCACAAGGCUGCUGGAGGUCCUGUCUGGGGAGAUGCUGCCGAGGCCCACGCGGGGUCGCAUGCGGAUCCACUGCCUGGAGAACGUGGACAAGGCCCUGCAGUUCCUCAAGGAGCAGAGGGUCCACCUGGAGAACGUCGGCUCUCACGACAUCGUCGACGGCAACCACCGCCUCACCCUUGGCCUCAUCUGGACCAUCAUCCUUCGCUUCCAGAUCCAGGGGAUUAAGAUCGAGUGUGACGACAACAGGGAGACUCGGUCGGCAAAGGAUGCCCUACUACUCUGGUGCCAGAUGAAAACUGCUGGGUACUCUGAGGUCAACAUCCAGAACUUCACCACGUGCUGGAGAGAUGGUCUCGCCUUCAACGCUCUCAUUCACCGACACAGGCCUGAUUUGAUUGAGUUCCAUAAGCUGAUCCGGUCCAAUGCCACACACAACCUCCAGCAAGCCUUCAACAUUGCUGAGCAGAACCUGGGGCUCACCAAACUCCUGGACCCUGAAGAUGUGAAUACGGAGAACCCAGAUGAGAAGUCGAUAAUAACCUAUGUUGUGUCCUACUACCAUUACUUCUCCAAGAUGAAAGCCCUUCGAGUAGAGGGCAAGAGAGUGGGAAAGGUCUUGGACAGUGCCAUUGACGGUCAGAAGAUGAUCGAUCGAUAUGAGGCUCUGGCCUCGGAGCUCCUGGAGUGGAUCGAGAAGACCAUAGGCAUCAUCAGCAACCAGAAGUUUGCCAACUCCUUAACGGGUGUCCAGCAACAGCUUCAAGCCUUCACCACCUACUGCACCAUCGAGAAGCCCAUCAAGUUCCAGGAGAAGGGGAACCUGGAGGUGCUCCUCUUUACUAUCCAAAGCAAGCUCAGAGCUAACAAUCAGAAACCAUACGUGCCCCAUGAAGGGAAACUCAUCUCUGAUAUCAAUAAGGCGUGGGAGAGGCUGGAGAAGGCGGAGCACGAGAGAGGCGUGGCACUACGGCAGGAGCUGAUUCGCCAGGAGAAGCUGGAGUUGCUGGCCCAGCGGUUUGACCACAAGACCACCAUGAGACAGGCGUGGCUCAACGAGAACCAGCGCCUCGUGUCUCAGGAUAACUUUGGCUACGACCUGCCAGCGGUGGAAGCCGCCAUGAAGAAGCACGAGGCCAUUGAGGCGGACAUCUCGUCGUACGAGGAGCGCAUCGGGGUGGUGGUGGAGCUGGCUGGGGAGAUGGAGACGGAAGGCUACUAUGACAUCCGGCGCAUCUCGGCCCGAAAGGAGAACAUCCUGGGCCAGUGGAGCCUGCUGAAGGAGCUGGUGGUGGGGAGGAAGGCCCGGCUGGAGAAGAACCUGGCCCUGCAGAAGACCUUCCAGGACAUGGUCUACAUGAUCGACUGGAUGGAGGACAUGCAGGUCCAGCUCCUUUCCAAAGACUUCGGCAAGCAUCUGCUGGAGGUGGAUGACCUGCUGCAGAAACACAGCCUCCAGGAAGCUGACAUCACAGUGCAGGCAGAGAGGGUGCAGACCCUUAACACAGCCGCUCUCAAAUUCACCACCAUCGAAGGCUACCAGCCCUGUGACCCCCAGGUGAUCUGCAACCGGGUCAACCACGUCAGCACCUGCCUGGAGGAGCUCAAGCAGCUGGCGGCCAAGCGGCGCUCGGAGCUGGAGGAGUCUCAGCACCUUUGGGCCUUCUUCCAGGAGGUGGAGGAGUCUGAGGCCUGGAUCCGCGAGAAGAGCUCCAUCCUGGCCGCCCAGACCUGCGGAAAGGACCUGAGCAGCGUGCUGCGGCUUCUCCAGAAACACAAGACCCUGGCUGGGGAGCUGCUGGCCCACCGCUCCCUCCUCCAACAGACCAUGAAGAAGGGCAAGCAGAUCCUGAUGGAGAAGAGUUUUGGCACGGGGGGCAUCCAGGAGCGCAUCAUGGAGGUGAAAGGGGAGUGGAAGAGGCUGGAGGACCAGGCGGCGCAGAGACUGGGCCACCUGCAGGAGGCACUGAACUUCUUCCAGUUCAGCACAGAGACGGACGACUUGUUGGCUUGGCUGCAGGAUGCCUACCGCCUAGUGUCCAGCGAGGACUUUGGCCACGACGAGUACUCCACCCAGUCACUGCUCAAGAAGCACCGGGGUGUGCGCGAGGCCGUGGACAAGCACCGGCUGCAUGUAGUAACUCUGCGCAAACACAUGGUGGCGCUGCCACUGCACUACCGGGAGCUGGACGAGGUGCAGUCAAGAAUGGGCGAGGCGGAGCAGCUGUACACCGAGGUGGCCGAGGUGGCCGUCCUGAGGCAGCAGUGGCUGCACGACGCACUGGCCGUCUACCUCAUGUUCAGCGAGGUCAACGCCUGCGAGGUGUGGAUCGACGAGAAGGAGCAGUGGCUCAACAAGAUGGAGGUUCCAGAGAGGCUUGAGGACGUGGAGGUCAUAGCCCAUAGGUUUGAGAGCCUGGACCAGGAGAUGAACAGCCUGAUGGGAAGGAUCCUGGACGUGAACCAAAUAGUGCAGCAGCUCCUGGACAGUGGUCACCCCAGCUCUACAGAGGUCAGAGGCUGUCAGGACCACCUCAACAGCAGAUGGAACCGCAUCGUGGAGAUGGUGGAGCAGAAGAAGGACCACCUGGACUCUGUCCUCCGUCUCCAGAACUACCUGCUGGAGUGUGCUGAGAUCAAGUCCCAAAUCCAGGAGAAGCGCAAGGCCAUCGACGCCACUCAGUACGUGGGGAGUGACCUGGGCGGGGUGCUGGCCCUGCAGCGCCGACUCUCCACCAUGGAGGGGGCCCUGGCCGUGCUGGAGCCCAAGCUGCUUCACCUGCAGCAGGAGGCAGAGGAACUGGCCAUCUCGCACCCGGCCAAGGCCAUGGAGGUCCUGGAGCCCUUCGAGGGCAUCAGUGUAGAGUGGGAGGAGCUGAAGCGCACGCUGCAGGGCUGCGAGGACUCUCUGAUGGUGGCGGGGCGGCUGCAGCAGUUCAUCCAGGACCUGGACUCCUUCCUGACGUGGCUGGUGCAGACGCAGACGGCGGCAGCUAGCGACGAGCUGCCCAACGCGCUGGAGGAGGCAGAGAGGCUGAUCAACCGCCACGCGGCGCUGAAGGAGGAGAUCGGGAGGUAUGAAGAGGACUACGAGCGGCUGCAGGCGGUCAACGAGCUGCUGGAGGCCGAGGAGGCGCCGCUGCCAUAUGCGGCGCUGCAGCAGUGGCUCCAGAAGCUGGAUGUGGGCUGGAACAAACUGCUAGAGAUGUGGGAGAGCCGGAGGGAGGUGCUGGUGCAGGCGCACAUCUUCCACCUCUUCCUGAGGGACGUCAAGCAGGCCGAGGCCUUCCUCAACAACCAGGAGUCAGCCUUGGCCCACGUUGAGCUCCCCGCCACGGUGGAGACGGUGGAGGCUGCCAUCAAGAAGCACAAGGACUUCACCACCACCAUGGAGCUCAACCUGCAUCGCAUCAAGGCUGUCAUCGAGGCCGGAGAGAGCCUCAUUAGCCAGAGCAACAUCUACUCGGACCGUAUCAGGGAGCGUGUGGACACCCUCGCUAACAGAGGCAACCAGAACCGGGAGCUGGCCCAACAGUGGCUGGAGAGGCUCAACGGCCAGUGGGGGCUCCAGAGAUUACUACAGGACUGCCACGAGCUUGGAGACUGGGUGGCAGAGAAGAUGCUCAUGGCUCGUGACACGUCCCGCGAUGAGACGCAGAAGCUGCACAAGAAGUGGCUGAAGCACCAGGCUUUCAUGGCCGAGCUGGCCCAGAACAAGGAGUGGCUGGGGAAGAUCGAGAGGGAGGGCCAGCAGUUGAUCCAGGAGAAGCCCGAGCUGGGCCCGGUGGUGCGGAGGAAGCUGGGGGAGAUCCACGAGUGUUGGCAGGACCUGGAGAGCACCACCCAGGCCAAGGCCCGCCAGCUGUUUGAAGCCAACCGGGCUGACCUGCUGGUGCAGAGCUACACCAGUCUGGACCAUCAGCUGCAUCAGCUGGAGGGACAACUGGGCUACGUGGACCAGGGUCAGGACCUGACCAGCGUCAACAAGCAGCUCAAGAAGCUCCAGACGAUGGAGUGUCAGAUGGAGGAGUGGUAUAAGGAGGUGGGGGAGCUGCAGGUGGCGGCGGCCUCCGUCCCCCAGCAGGGCCAGGUCAUGGACACGGUCAGCGAGCGCCAGUCCGCCGUGGAGACGCGCAUCGUCCGUCUCAUCGAGCCGCUCAAGGAGCGCCGGCGCAUCCUUCUGGCCUCCAAGGAGGUUCACCAAGUGGGCCGGGACCUGGAGGAUGAGAUACUGUGGGUGCAGGAGCGGCUGCCUGCCGCCACGUCUCAGGAGCACGGCUCCAGCCUACAGGCUGUGCAGCAGCUCAUGAAGAAGAACCAGACUCUGCAGAGGGAGCUACAGGGCCAUCGGGCAAGGGUGGAGGACGUCCUGGAAAGAGCUAAUGUCAUCGCCUCCAUCCGCAGCCCCGAGGCUGACUGUGUGCGGGCGGGCCUGGAGCAGCUCAGCGGGCUGUGGGGUCUGCUGUGGGCCGAGACGGAGAGAAGACAGCUGGUGCUGGAUGCCAUGUACCAGGCCCAGCAGUACUACUUUGACACGGCCGAGGUGGAGGCCUGGCUCAGCGAACAGGAGCUGCACAUGAUGAACGAGGAAAAGGGAAAGGAUGAGCCCAGCACACUGCAGCUACUGAAGAAGCACCUGGUACUGGAGCAGACGAUAGAGGACUACGCUGAGACGAUAGGCCUUCUCUCCCAGCAGUGCAGGCAGCUACUGGAGAUGGGACAUCCAGACAGUGAGCAGAUCAGUAAGCGUCAGUGUCAGAUGGACCGGCUGUACGUGUCUCUGAAGGACCUGGUGGAGGAGAGAAAGUCUCGUCUGGAGCAGCAGUACUGGCUCUACCAGCUCAACCACGAGGUGGACGAGCUGGAGCAGUGGAUCGCUGAGAGGGAGGUGGUGGCCAGCUCGCCAGAACUGGGACAGGACUUUGAACACGUCACGAUCCUGCAGGAGAAGUUCACAGAGUUUGCGUCGGAGACGGGCAGUCUGGGUCAGGAGCGUGUGACGGCGGUUAACCAGAUGGUGGAUGAGCUGAUCGACUACGGCCACGCCGACGCCGCCACGAUCGCCGAGUGGAAGGACGGCGUGAACGAGGCCUGGGCCGACCUCCUGGAGCUCAUGGAGACCCGGGCACAGAUGCUGGCCGCCUCGCACCAGCUCCACAAGUUCUUCACCGACUGCCGCGAGGUCUUGGCCCAAAUCGAUGAUAAGCAGCGGAGGUUGCCCGAGGUGCGGGCGCGCCAGGGUGGCACCGCCAACACCAGCACGCUGCAGAGGCUCAUGCAGAGCUUCGAGCACGACAUCCAGCUGCUCGUCACUCAGGUGAGGCAGCUCCAGGAGAGUGCGGGUCAGCUCCGGACCAUCUACGCCGGGCAGAAGGCUGAGGCCAUCGCCGGCCGGGAACAGGAAGUGAUGCAUUGCUGGAAGGAUCUCUUGACUUCCUGCGAGGAGUGCCGAGUGCAGAUCACCACGGCAACAGACAAGCUGCGGUUCUUCGGGGUGGUGCGAGACCAGAUCAUGUGGAUGGACAGCAUCAUCUCUCAGAUCGGCACAGGGGACAAUCCAAGCAUUCCCUCCAGCGAUAUAACGGGCUCUGGACUCUCUGGUCCUUUCAGGGAUGUGUCCUCAGUGGAGGUACUGAUGAACUACCACCAGAGCUUGAAGAGCGAGGUGGAGGCGCGCAGUAAGAGUGUGCUGCAGUGCAUCGAGAUGGGCAAGACGCUGCUGGCCGCGCGCAACCCUGCUGCUGAGGAGAUCAAGGAGAAGCUGGAUACGGUGGUGGCCAAGCAGUAUGAGCUGUCUGAGAAAUGGGACAAACACUGGGAGGUCCUGCAGCACAUGCUGGAGGUGCACCAGUUUGCCCAGGAAGCGGUGGUGGCCGAGGCCUGGCUGACAGCCCAGGAGCCCUUCAUCAACAGCAAGGAGUUGGGCGCCAGCGUGGACGAGGUGGAGCAGCUCAUCCGCCGCCACGAGGCCUUCCGCAAGGCCGCCGCCACCUGGGAGGAGCGCUUCAGCUCGCUACGACGCCUCACCACGGUGGAGAAGAUGAAAGCGGAGCAGAGUAAGCUCCCUCCCACCCCCCUGCUGGGUCGUAAGGUGUUCCUGGACCCCCAGGAGACGUCCCCUGCCCGGAGCCAGGGCUCCCCCCUGAUGAGACGGAUCCUUUACGAGCAGGCCGAGCCCAGAGCCGAAAGGCCCCCCCAGGAACCCUCGCCCUCUUCCGUGGCCCGCCGCCUGGGCUCCACCGUAGCCAACUACACCCCCAUCAUGAACGGCUCCAGUGGCUACCGCAGCAGUCUGGAGGCCCAGGCCAUCCCCAUGAUGGGGGGAGUGGCUGGUGGUGUAGUCGGGGUGGCAGCCAGGCUGGGAACAGCCGCUGUGGAGGCAACAAAUUUAGGGACCACCGCCGCCAUGGAGGUCCGAGGGGUGGCAGCAGGAUUUGGGACUGCCGCCUCUGAAGCCAGAGGGUUGGCAGCAGGAUUGGUCACCCCCUCGGUCGAGGCCAAAGGGAUAGCUGCAAGCUUUGUGACUGGGGCAGCCGCCGCAGUGGAGGUGAAAGCCUCGCAGUACCUCCGGCAGCCUAAGAUCAAACACAUGGACGACAUGGUGACGCCCAUGCUGGUGGCCUGUAGGCUGGAGAAGGCGAGAGAGAAGGAGGUGCGAGAGAGGGAGCAGAGAGAGAGGGAGAGAGAUAUUGUGUUAAUGGAGCCAGCGCCCGUGAUGCCGGUGAUGGCCGAGGUGGUACUCCAGGAGAUGGGGAGGGAGGGGAUGGGCAGGGAGAGGCUGAACAGCGAGCCCAGCAGCAGAGACCACCGGGCGGGGAGCAGCCGGUCGGAGCCCCAGCAGAGAGACAGGGACAGAGACAGUAGGGACAGUAGGGACAGUCACAGGGAAGCCAGGCUGGAGCGCCAGCACUCUAGUGAGGCGCUGAUGAUCCAGGCGCGGCGGGAUGAGCUGCCCCAGGAGGUGUGGCGGGAACGGGCCGAGCGCAAAGAGAGGAAGCUGGAAAGGCAGACGUCCAGCGAGCAGGAGGGCCACGGACACGAGGGCCGGAGGAAAGACCGCCACCGGACGGAAAGACAGGAGUCCAGUGAACACGACACAGCCAAGGAGCAGUCAGACAGACGUUCUACGGAGAAAAAGUCAGGUGGCCAGACCUUGUUUGAUAUAGUGGAGCAGCUAAAAGAGAGAGAGGCAGCAACGGCACGAGGGGAGGUCCCUAAAGUGCCGAACGGCGUGCCAGAGAAGUCUUCCGGACGUCCAGACCGGCCGCGAGCAAGGGAUCGUCCUAAGCCCCGACGGAGACCCCGGCCCAAGGACCCAUCUGCAGGAGAGGCCACCACCCGGCGGUCGCGCUCGGCGCCGGAGCCAGGGGUGGCUCAGGGCGUGAGCCCUUCGGUCCCCCAGCCUCCCAGCCACACAGCCCACCACGAGGGCUUCCUCUUCCGCAAGCUGGACAUCGAGACCAUGAGGAAGAGCUCUAACAGAUCCUGGGUCAACCUGUACUGUGUGCUGAACAAAGGAAAGAUAGGCUUCUAUAAGGACGCUAAGAACACCGCCACACCUUACAACAACGAGCCCAUGCUCAACCUCGGCCACUGCCACUGCGACGUCACCCUUGGAUACAAGAAGAAGAAAAACGUCUUUACUCUUAAAACGAAAGACGGAAGUGAAUUUCUGUUCCACGCAAAGGAUGAGUCACAGGAUGAUCUAAAGGCCUGGACCACCAACAUCAACAAGAGCAUCGCAGAGCAUGAGGAGAUUGCCAAAUGGGGUCAGCCCCAGCCUACUACCUCAUCCACGGACGAGGGCACGCGCCGCGACGGCAGCAAGGCCGAUAACAAGUCAGAGCGGGGAGAAAAGUCUGACCGGGGGGAAAGGCCGCAGAGAGCCGAGCGCUCUGAGAGGUCGGAUAAGGGUGAGACCAAAUCGGACACCAAGCGUUCAGAAAAGUCCAGCAAGAAGAAAUGAGUUUGAUGUUGUGCGGUGGGUGGGGGAAAGGGAGAGGGGUAUAAAAGACUCCCAGUCAAGACCCAACCCUUUCCUCUCAUCUGUCUGCGUCAGUUCUGUUUAGUGUCGAAAAAGACAGGAAAAUCACCCUGGUGAACUGACAUGAGGGAUUUGAAGCACGAAUAUCAGUGUGCCCCUCGUUGCCCUCUCUCUUUAUCUCUGUUGCUCUGAGGGUGUCAGACCUGGUCACUAACACUUAUUGCCUGGCUCGUUCCACCUCUGUCCUCUAGUGGUGACACCGGUGCACUGCAGAAAGCAGAUCCUCCUCGUCAGGGCAGCAAUGUGAGAGAGAUGGACACUCAUGUAACAAGAGGGUUGUCACUGGUAGUAUGAAAAAGUAGCUCCUAACGUUUUACGUUUUAUUUUUUGUAAGAGAUGAGCUGUAUCUGUAUGUAACUCUUGUCUGUCUAUUUAUGUAUUGUAUGUCUAGAACAUCCAAUUGUAUACUCCCAAACAAAAGAGAAUGAAAUAUGCCUAAAUGUUUGACACAACGGCCUCUUUUUGGAGAACAAUUAUUUUCUGUUUCCUUUUUUGUAUUUCUGCUCGUUCACUCUGCCAUCAUUCUUUUCUGGACUCUCUUUUCUCACUUUGACUUUCUUCAGUACAAAACUGUAAUAUCAUCAAACUCAUCCAAAUUGAAUUUGUACAAUUCAACAAUGAGCCAGAGGAGAAAGAGAAGAGGCAGGUAACAACAGUCUUCACAAAGCUUGUUCUGGCUUUUGAAUGGAUGACCUGGAACCCUUACCCAGAGGCUAGGCUGGCCCCCACGGCCAUACUCAGCUAUGCCUUCCUCUGGGGCCCCUGAGAGGCCCCCAGGGACCCAGCAGCCAUAGCCACCCAGCACCAGAGGGAUAGGACUGGAAGCCAUCUCACAAGACCAAAUCCUCCCCCUUUCUUCUCAAAGACUAUCAGAUGGUGGUAAUCACACUCCACAUACCCAGUCAACAUUAUUUUUGUCCAUUCAGAAAAUAUCACAAUGCUUUUUAUAGACAGUCAAAGAUACAUUAAGUUGUGUGUGUCUGAGUGUGUGUGUGUGUGUGUGUGUGUGUGUGUGUGUGUGUGUGUGUGUGUGUGUGUGUGUGUGUGUGUGUCUGUUCAGCUGCUCACCACUCCCAGGGUUUUCAUAGCUCAGGUUUUUUUGUUCACAUCUGCGUCCUCAGUUCUCCCUCAGUCUUCCAGGCACUGCCGUUCCACAGGCCAGGCUUCUAACAGCUCAACUAACCACAGAAGUUGAUGAGGACACAGCAAGGAUCUAAGUUCAGGGGCCACACAGAAGUAAUACGGUGCCGAUUGGUCACUCCAAGGCCUCAGGAGUGCAAGUCGAUGUCAGAUGGAUGUAAACAAAAGCUUCUGGAUGAAUGAAUCACAUGCAUGUCUUGCUUGGGAUAAAUCUCUUGUUCCUCUCACAGUAUGUAGCUAUCAGCAACGAUGUUCACUUUGUUCCUCUCCAUGCAUCAUACAAUACAAUUGUCUGUUUGUCUUAGCACUGCAAAGCCAUAUUUGGUAACGGGAAGUCUUACAUUAUGGAAGCUAGUGGACAAAUCCUUUGCCUGUUCCUUACAUCAGAGAUUUGUACAGAAGUGAGGAGUGACGGCGACGAGAUAGUACAGUGCAAAUAUCAUGAGCUCUUUCCUGAGUAGCUUUUUCUACCUUGUUUUUUUUUUAAACACAUUUUAUGCAUCUAUAUAGGCGUUGAAUGCCAAAUCAGUGCAAUCCAUAACGCUUGUUGGACACAACAAGGCAAGGAUCAGCAGAACUUAUUUUUGAAUGAGCAUAACUAUCACAUGGAAUGUGAAAUGCAGUACAAUACAUGACAUAGGACACACUCAAAUAGGGCACUGUGGACAUCUAUGAGAUUCUGUGGUGAAUUUUGAGACUCGUAUGACACACGACUGCGUGGCAUACAGUACAAUUAGCAUAGUGUAGUGGGGAGGAUUCUAGCAAUAAACUGCUAGUCUGCUGAAUUCUUGCAUUCAGGAGUUUCACUGUGCAGUAUUCACUACUAUCUGUUGUUAAGUCUACUCUAAUCUUGCCUGGGCAGCUCGUAUGGAGGAUGGUCUCAUUCCAAAAACAAUAUGCUCAAUAAAAACGAGUUGGUCUCAAAUUGAUGUACGUAACUGUCUUAACACUAAUUUGGAUGUCUCCGAAUGGUAACUUUGUUUGGAAAUGUUGCUUACCAUUGCGUUCUCUGUGUACUCCUGUCACAGAUCUCCUAUUUGUAUGCCAUAGUCUCACUCUAAACAGAUGGUAUGCGGUCCAAGUAUUAUGGUGGCUUCGGGAGGUGGCUAGGAACUCAUUGUUGAUGCGAAACGAGAAUUUAUAUGCAACUUUUCCUUUGCACUAAAACGCUCCCCCAUUGCACAGUGCUAUUGCUUGAGGAGCAGUGGUGCUUCAGGGUCCUAGAGGGAAAUGUGUUUAUUGGAUUACAGGAGUAUGAGGUUUUAUAUUAUUUUCAUGAAUGAACAUGAAGUACACCAGCCUGAAAAUUGUGAGCGUAUCAUGUUCAACCGUGAUAUGAGAUUUCGUAUGGCUGUUUAUCUUGUCUUGCUUGUUACACUUUACUAACAGCUGGACUUCCAGCCACAGAGCAUGAAGUACGAUCACAUCCUAAAGCCAAACAUGCCUAUACAAUUAUUCAUGCUAAGGUUUCAUUCAGUAGCUAUCUGGAUAAAUGACCAGUAGUCAUUUUUCCAAAUGUUGGCCAACCCGUCUGUUGUCAUGGCCAAGGGCCAAGGGAUCCAUGUUAUCCUGUACUUUUCUGUCGCACAGAGGGCAAUUUGAGCUUAUAGACUUUCAAAUGACAAACCAGCUGGAUGUUGUUAAUGACUAGAAAGCACAAUUUUAUAACCUGCAGUUGAUGCACACAAGCAUUAGCGUGUCACAGGGAGACUUGUGAGAGGAAUCUCAUUAUUGAUACAAUGCUUCUGUAUUAGCUGUGCAGUCAUGAUGUUUCAGUUAUGUUAGAACAUUGCGUAACUGGGCAUCUGUGAUGUGCGUUAAGUCCUGGAGUGCUUCCUUCAUGAAAGCAUUCACACCGCAACCGUUACAAAUCAAUAGUCUAAUGCCAUUAUAAACUCAAAUCCGUAUUUUCUAGAAUACGUUCUUUUUUUCAUUUCAGGGAAUAAUGAUUUCGUUGCUGUUUUCAUCCAGGGUGUUCCAUUGUUAGUUGUUUAACUAAGUCAAUGCUCAACACCUACUGUUCAUUUCCUGACCUUUGACCCUAGAGCACCACUGUUUUUAGGGAACUACUGAAUGGAUGUUUUGCAAAUUUCAACAGCUUGAUGACCUGUACAAUAUGUAAUUGCUUAAUGUAUUUUUUUGUAAAGAAAGAAUUUACGUUAGGUUUUUUUUUGCUGUGAAAAGGAAAAAAUGUUGUUUUUUUUGGGGGGGAUAUUCAUGGGGCAAAUGGUUAAUUUGUACAACAUCAAUGGAAAACAUCACAAUAUCAGGACACAGAAGUUGCAUGAAUUACAUAGUCGCUAUUAUGAUACUGCUCUGCAUGUUUUGAAGUCUCAUCCCGUCGCUAUACAAUCACUGUACAAUAAUGGGGUGACACACUUACGUACAUGGAAAAGGUGAAUGAAUGAAUAAUAAUGUAUAAAACAGAUCCAACUUAAAA